UCCUCUUUAGCACCUUUAACUAUAUGGAAAUUAUUAUUAUUAAUGCCAAUCAAGCAGAGAUAUUAUUGUGAAAAGUCAGCAUUACACAUAAACACAUAAAAUCAUUUUUGUAUUAAUCACAGCCCGUGAUCUGGUUCAUUAUAGUGCUGUUAAUCUUUAUUGCACAGCUGGCAUUGUGAAUGCUGAGUAGUCUGGUCUGACUCCUUGUCAAUCCACCCCCUCUCUUCCUUUUUCUUUCAGUCUUCAACGUGUGCCCUCAUGAUGCCACGGCGCUCGUUAAUCCGCUCUCCUCGGCGCACAUGCUCAGUACCGAUCACUGUGGCAAUCUGUAAUGGCUGCGGGAUGAUGUGAUACGAGUCCCGGUGCCGCGCCGCGUCUCUUCGGUAGGAAUGCUAUUUCCUGAGACCGCCAGCCACUCCAUUCAUUCCUCCGUCAACAUGGUUGACAUCCGACAGAAGAAUAAAGGUCGGACAUCAUAGGCGCGAACACUUACAAGAGUCAUAUUCGUUGCAGUGCUGGUGUGUGAUAGUGCCAGUGAAUUGCGUGUGGUUGGCGGUAGUCAGGAGUGAUGGCUGUGAAGGAGCGGGUGGAGGCGGUGCUGAAUGUGGGCCUGCGGGUCCCCAGUAUCAUGUUGCUAGAGGUGCUGUACCGCUGGGAUGUCAGCUCCUUCUUCCAGAAGAUCCAGAGAAGCAGCCUCAACAACAACCCCCUCUUCCAGUACAAAUACCUGGCCCUCUACCUUCACUAUGUGGGUUACAUUCUGAGUCUGGUUCUGCUCACUCUGCCCCGACAGCACCUGGUGCAGCUCUACCUGUAUGUGCUCACUGCUCUGCUGCUGUUCGCAGGUCACCAGAUCUCAAGGGACUAUGUGCGCAGUGAGCUGGAGUCUGGCUACGAGGGCCCGCUGUACCUGGAGCCUCUGUCCAUCAACCGCUUCACUACUGCGCUCAUCUGCCAGCUGGUGGUGUGUACCUUGUGCUCCUGUGUGAUGCAGACCAAGCGCAUUUGGCUGUUCUCAGCGCACUUGCUCCCUCUGGUGGCCAGGCUGUGCCUGGUCCCUUUGGAGACCAUUGUUUUCGUCAAUCGCUUUGCCAUGAUUUUCACAGGCCUGGAAGUCAUCUACUUCUUGGCCUCGAACCUGCUGGUGCCAUUUAACCUGGCCAAGACAGCAUACCGGGAGCUUGCACAGGUGGUGGAGGUUUAUGGGUUGCUGGCUCUUGGGAUGUCUCUGUGGAAUCAGUUGGUUCUGCCUGUGUUGUUCAUGUGUUUCUGGCUGGUUCUGUUUGCUCUGCAAAUCUACACAUAUUUUAGCACACGAGACCAGCCCACAUCUAGAGAGAGGCUGCUCUUCCUUUUUCUCACCAGUAUUGCAGAGUGCUGUUGUACUCCGUACUCUCUGCUGGGCCUGGUCUUCACCGUGUCCUUUGUUGCUUUGGGAGUGCUCACUCUUUGCAAGUUCUACCUGCAGGGCUACAGGGCUUUCAUGAAUGACAACACCAUGCACAGGGGCAUGACGGAGGGGAUCACUCUUUUGAUCCUCGCUGUUCAGACUGGACUGAUCGAGCUACAGGUCAUCCACAGAGCCUUCCUCCUGAGCAUCAUCCUCUUCAUUGUAGUGGCCUCCAUUCUGCAGUCUAUGCUGGAGAUAGCUGAUCCCAUAGUGCUGGCGCUGGGGGCCUCCAGAGACAAGAGUUUAUGGAAGCACUUCCGCGCGGUUAGCCUGUGCUUGUUCCUGCUGGUGUUCCCGGCCUACAUGUCCUACAUGAUAUGUCAGUUCUUUCAUAUGGACUUCUGGCUGCUUAUCAUCAUCUCCUCCAGCAUUCUGACCUCACUACAGGUUCUAGGUACACUGCUGAUCUACGUCCUCUUCAUGGUAGAGGAGCUCCGCAAGGCUCCAGUGGAGAACAUGGAUGAUGUCAUCUACUGGGUGAAUGGCACCUACAGACUGCUGGAGUUCCUGGUUGCGCUGUGCGUGGUCGCGUACGGUGUGUCGGAGACUGUGUUUGGGGAGUGGACCGUGAUGGGCUCUACCAUCGUACUCAUCCAUUCUUACUAUAACGUGUGGCUGAGGGCCCAGCUGGGCUGGCAGAGUUUCCUGCUCCGCAGAGAUGCUGUCAACAAGAUCAAGAGCUUGCCUACAGCUUCUCACCAGCAACUCCAACAGCACAAUGACAUCUGUUCCAUCUGCUACCAGGACAUGACGUCAGCUGUGAUCACCCCCUGCAGUCACCUCUUCCAUGCCGGCUGCUUGAAGAAGUGGUUGUAUGUGCAGGAGACCUGCCCUCUUUGCCACAACCAGCUGAAAGGCUCAUCACAGCCGGGCCCUUCCACACAGGACACCCCGCCACAAGAGACCCUGGACCUGGAUCCUCCACAGCAUCUAGAGUCAGAUUCAAGCCUCCAGGUUCCCCAGCAAGACAACACCGCUCACACUCCAGCAUCAGACCUUGUGAAUGGACUAAAAGAAGAUGCUGCCUCUCCUGCCUGCUCCUCCUCCCAGUCCUAAAACCUGCCUCGAGCCAAACUCAACUCACACACUGCUGGCCAAAAGACUUGUGUUGCAGCAGAAUGUCCGAUGGGAAACUGUUGGUUUCUCUGUGACGGUUACGCACACUGAAUGCUCCUUAGACAUCUAUACAAUCAAAACCUUUCUACAGUCCCCCUCUCAUCCAAACCAUCACAGAGUCCAGAGGUGAAAAAAAUAAUUUCACCAAUUCCACAUCUGGAUCUACCAAAACACCAGCUCUUCCCCACCCUUUAUUAUGAAACUACAAUCUCCAGCAAACACCAACCUGAAUGUGAUAAUGUGACCCUUGAAUAUAGUGCUGUGACGCUCUAUAGGCACUUAGCACAUAUCCACUAGCACGCUCUCAGCAUCCAAUAGCAGUAGCCCGUCUCUUUUCUGUUCUCCAUUUGUUUUCUUGAGAGAGAAGAAAUAUAUAUAGCCUAUAUAUAUAUAUAUAUGCCACUGCAUUUGCACUAAUGUAACAUAAAGCAAUGCUCCAAAGUUUGUCUUGUCCAAUACCAAAUAUUUUGGUGUGUAUGCGUUGAACCAAGUUAUAUACGAAAUAUAUACCCAUGUACAAAUAUAUAUAUAUAUAUAUAUAUAUAUAUAUAUAUAUAUAUAUAUAUAUAUAUAUAUAUAUAUAUAUAUAUAUAUAUAUAUAUAUAUAUAUAUAUAGGAGUUUUGAUAUGCAAAAGUACAGUGUUAAGCAGCACCGAGUGUCAUGAAAUGGCCUCAGGCUCAUAUGAUCGCUACGCCUCUUGCGCGACCUCUAGCGGUGAUAGUGGGAAGUGCCUUUGGCUGUAGAUCAGCACUGGUGACUGUUUAAGAAAGUCAAAUUCAUUCUCGUCAGUAUUUGGCAUUUAGCGCAUUUGUGAGCAUGAAUACAUUAGAGAAUGUAUGAACACACUUUGCGAAUGCCGUUCUAACUUUACACUAAGUGAUUAAGUUGUUUAACAUAGUUUGUUAAAUGAAUGAUAUUUGGUUUUAAAUCUGGAAAAAAAUGUUACUUUUAUCUGGAACACCAGUUUUUUUAAGCUGUUACAGAUAUUUUUCCAUUUAAAAAACAAAUUGGAUUGAGAAUGUAGAGUAUAAUCGUAAUAGCAUUCUUAAUUUAUCUCCCUUUGCUUUUAUACAGCAUAAACGUGGAAUGAUGUUCUGUGAAGGCUAACUUGUUUGAAUUGCAGCUGAAUUCAGUAAAAUAUGCCUGAAGUCUGAACGUGAACCUGAAUGUCAGAAUAAAUCCAAACCUAAUGUAUGAAA